GCCUCGCCGCGCCGCCGCGCAAAAAGCGUCGUCGUUCCUGGCAUGGACCAUCAGAUCCGGUGAUCCUACUUCUCGCACAAGCGACUUCGAUAACAGAGUUUGAAAUUGCAGAGAUUCAGAGACCUCACAGCGUGGAAAAUGCUGGGCGAAAGCUCACUGCCGCAGCUUCUCUGGUGGUUCGCCGUAGCAGCAACGGUAAAGCUCUUGCUGAUCCCAUCUUACCACAGCACAGACUUCGAGGUCCAUCGCCACUGGUUGGCCCUGACCCACUCGCUCCCUCUUUCUUCAUGGUACUUCGAUGAGACCAGCGAAUGGACCCUCGAUUACCCUCCAUUGUUCGCUAACUUCGAGCGCUUCCUUUCCAUCUUUGCCAAUCUCGUCGACCCUCAGAUCGUCCACCUUCACAAUGGCCUCAAUUACAAAGGAAGUUCUGUUAUUUACUUCCAGAGAAUUACUGUGAUUUUAUCGGAUUUGUUGCUUCUAUAUGGGGUUUACAGAUUGUCUAAAAAUUUGGAUUCCUUGAAGCGGAAUUUGAUCUGGGUAUUGGUAAUUUGGUCUCCAGGGUUGUUAAUCGUAGACCAUGUACACUUUCAGUACAAUGGGUUUCUGCUUGGGUGGUUGUUAUUGUCGAUUUCAUUUUUGGUGGAAGGAAGGGACUUGAUGGGUGGUUUCUUGUUUGCGGUUCUGCUCUGUUUUAAGCAUUUGUUUGCAGUGGCUGCUCCUGUUUAUUUUAUUUACUUGCUCAGGCAUUACUGUAGGGGUGGAUUUGUUUGGGGUUUUGGCCGGCUUUCAGUUAUGGGGGCCAUGGUUGUGGCGGUUUUUGCAGCUGCUUAUGGUCCAUUUUUGUAUCAUGGGCAGAUUCAACAAGUCAUCCGCCGCAUGUUUCCUUUUGGCAGGGGACUCUGUCAUGCAUACUGGGCUCCUAAUUUCUGGGUAUUUUAUAUCAUAUUAGAUAAAGGGCUUGCUUUCUUGCUCAGAAAACUUGGGUUUCACAUAGAGGCACCCACAGCUUCAUUCACUGGAGGGCUAGUGGGUGAUUCAUCACCAUUUGCCAUACUACCUCAGAUCACCCCCCUCACAACCUUCAUCACAGUCCUGCUUGGGUUAUUUCCUUGUUUAGUUCAGGCUUGGAGAGAUCCCCAGCCACGUUUGAUUGCUAGAUGGAUAGCAUAUGCCUACACGUGUGGUUUCAUAUUUGGAUGGCAUGUCCAUGAGAAAGCAUCACUCCACUUUGUUAUCCCCCUUGCCAUUGUUGCAGUGGAAAGCUUAGAAGAUGCAAAGCACUACUUCUUGCUAUCUAUUGUGUCUUGCUAUUCACUCUUUCCACUCCUAUAUGAAACCCAAGAAUACCCAAUAAAAGUGUUGUUGCUGCUGUUACACUCCAUCCUAAUGUGGUUCGGUUUCUCGGCACAAUUUACCACUGAUGAAGCUUCGGAAAAAGAUGAACAGAUCACAAAUAAAGAGUCUGCUGGGUUGGGAAAACGUAGCACUACUGGUGGGAAAGAAGGGUUUGGCAUUGGCUGGAUUGGGAAGAGUUACCUAUUUGGUCUUUUGGUUGUUGAGCUAUGGGGUCAAAUUUUACAUCAUUACCUUCUUGGUGAUAGGUUCCCUUUCAUACCUCUUAUGUUAAUUUCAAUUUAUUGUGCAUUAGGGAUCACAUACUCUUGGAUUUGGCAAUUAAAACGUAUCUUAAAAUUGUCCUAACUUGGAAGUCAUACUGUAACCCUCAGAUGCUGUUUAAAUGUUUGAGCACAUGCUCUUACUUUGUUUGUGUACAAGUUUUAUGUUAAUUUUAUUACAUUUAUAGCACACACAAAUAAUAAUAAUAAUAAUAAGAAGAAGAACUUUUUUGUUUUUGGGAGUAAAAUAAUAUCUCAAUA